AUGGGAGCCGAUUUCGCGUCAGAACUCAACGCCACGGCCACUCUGCCUCGGUUGUCGUUGAAAGCAGCAAUGCAGGUCACGACCGAAAAUUUGGUUACUCUCGUUUUCCUCCUCAUUCAGGCUGAGCCCGAUCAUGAGGAAGGGAGUGCGGCGAAAGCUAGAAGGGGAUGUGAAUUGCGUGUUAGUGCAAGGGAAGAGGAGGAGCCAGUUUCAGCAAACGUCCCCGUAGUUGGUGCCCACAACCGACGAGUUAACAUCCAUGUGGGUGACCGCCUCCGUCUGGAAUGCCCUAUUAGGGGUUCAAAUGCGGGCUCGCUUAACGGAAAAACUGAGGAGAAUUCACAUUUUCUUCGAGGAGGUCUGAUGGACAAUAUUAUGUACCAGUGGAAUAUACAGGGACUUCCAGAGUACGCAAUUACAAUGGACACUAAGUUCCGAUUUCUUGAAGGCGGCAGGAUUGUUGAAUUAACUCAUCCAGUUACCAAGUCAGAUGCGGGGAUCUACCAGUGUUCAGGAGUGACUGGAUUCGGCCAAAAGAAGGUCACAUUUGAGGUUUAUAUUACGGUGCUUUGCUUUAUCAACCCGGACCUUCGGCCCAGUACCGUAAAGACAGUGGAAGCCCAGCUCGGGUCUUCGGUCGACAUGAACUGCGAAGCAUUUGGUCGAGAACCGAUCAAAUAUGUGUGGUUCAUGGGAAAUGUAGUUGCCGAUUGGAUAUCAAGUGGAAAGGGUGUUCGUGGCCCUCAGCUGCACAUCGGACACGUUGGCCGAGAACACGUUGGACAGUACACCUGCCAGGUGAAAAACCCCGUGGGCACUCUCAACUACACCUAUCGCCUAAUCGUGAAAGAAUUUGAUUCUCGGCUUACAGAACCGCCGGCUGCGAUCCCAAAGAUAGUCGGAGAAGUGGAAAAUCAGACUCUCAUCGCUGGAUCGAGCGGAACGUUAACGUGUCGUGUCAAAUGCUCUUGCUCAGAACCCAUCAUUCAGUGGUUGAAGCGUGUUGACUCGGAAGAAAUAGAGGCUUACAAGGAGGCAGGAAAGUCGCUGAUGCCCUUGCCCUUCCCCAGACCUGCAGAGGCGAACGAAUUCUUCCUGGCUCUGGAGAAGUGGGAAGAUGCGCCAGCCUACAUGGAGGAAACCAUCAUGUACCGUCAAAAGUUGACGCCGAUGCACGCAGAGGAGGUUACAAUUCCAGAACACGAUUUUCUUAAGGCACAAACUAAUGUUGUGGAGGAGAAAAUUUUCGUCUCCAUUCUUCGACUCCGGGGUCCGGUCAACAGUGAGCUGCAUUCCGGCAAGUAUGUGGUCAUGACAAUGAGUAGAGCCAACCUCAAAGUCAUUGACUACGCAGUUGCCUAUGUAAAUAUUGUGCCAAGAUCGUUCACGUCAACGGUACACAACAUCAUGGUCUACUGCAUUGUUCCAAUAGUUCUAAUUCUUGCAACUGUCUUCAUCUCGCUCUACUGCUUUUUAAGUCGCAGGAACAAGGAAAACCAGCGUCUUGUUCCACGAUGCAGUGGCGCCAUGUUUACCCCGGUGGUUAGGGGCCACGCCUAUCCCGGGGGCAAGAAGGCAUACCAACCGAUUGUCCGUCAAACCCCCCAGUCAUCAGUCCUCUCCAAUGGGAACACAAUUUCCAACGAGAGCAAAACCUCCUCCAGUUUGCCACCCUACGUGACUCACUCUUCCAGCCUUCAAUGGCAUGCAACGCCUGUCCACUCGAACUCCAUCCACAACUUCCCAUCGCACCUCUCCUACCCCCAGUCGCAACUAACUCCUUCUCCGUCUAGUUUUUAUAAUUACUCAGGUCUACUAUCGAUGGCAAAUCAGCCCACUUACUGGCACCCACGAGCACCUUCGGCUGCUACUGAGACCUCUUUUGACCAGUACUCGGCUAUUCUGGGCAACUCAUCCUCAGCAAUGGGCGGUGCAGCCACAAACCGACGGCCGCCGCCACAAAAAGCACAAUUCGUUUUCCAAAAUGCCUGA